AUGCCACCAUCAGAAACAGGAACGGUUAUAAUAACAGGUGCAAAUGGCUCUUGUGCGUCAGGAUUCGUCUCUCACUUCCUAACCCACUACCCCAACCUCACCCUUCUCGCAACAGUCCGCAACGCGUCCCUCAGCGAUGCUAACACAGCUCGCCUAAACGAUAUAAUCUCAACAUCCUCUCGAGCCUCCAUUGAGCCAUUAGAUCUCUCCUCCCUAUCAAAAGUACGUGCUUUCGCCGAGAAAACAGCUCAGCGUGUGAAGGCUGGUGAAUUACCACCUAUAAAAGCCAUCGUAUGCAACGCCUUCACAAUGUCCCUCAAAGAACAAGUCUUCACUGAAGACGGGUUUGAGAGGACAUUUCAGGUGAACCAUCUAAGUCACUACAUUCUUGUUCUCAAACUUCUCGGUUCAAUGUCCCCGGACGGUAGAAUUGUGAUGCUUGGUUCAAACACACAUUAUACUGAUCGGCCGCAUCCGUUGUUCAGUAUGAAGGUUGGUAUUCCCGAGGAUGUGGAAACGCUCGUGAAGCCGAAGAAGGAUAUGCCCGGGAAGGACUACGACCAUGGCUUUCACAGAUACGGAAUGAGUAAGCUGGCGAAUAUUAUGUUUAUGCAUGACCUCAAUGCAAGGCUCGCAAAGAAUCCGAAAUUGUCUGGAAUCACAGCUACAGCAAUGGACCCAGGUGGUAUGGUCGACUCCCGCGCCCACAAGAUACAGACACCUCUCAUCCGCUUUGCAUUCGGCUUGAUCGUUCUCUUACUACCUAUCCUCAAGUACUUCACCGAUGAGCUACGAUCUUCCGCACAAUCUGGACGUGAACUGGCCGAGUUGGCUGUUGGGGAUAAGUACCAGGGAGAAAAGGGAUAUUUUAUGGGCGCGAGACGGGAGAAGGAGGAUGCGAUCUGUAUGGAUGCUGACAAGAGAGACAUAUUGUGGAAAGCUUGCUGGGAGUGGGCUGGUAUGCAGAAGGGAGAGACCAUUUUGGACGAGUCAUAA